CUAAGCCCAGCUUUUGCCGGUGCUGCUUGGAUUGGAUCUGGUUUGAGUUUCCUCUCUGCUGGCUUGUGCAGCAAGGGAGGAGGAGUGGGGGGAAGUAACUCACUCACUCUGCCUCUGAAGCUUAAGCAAACGUGCUGGUGCCUGCACUGGUGGGGAGCUGCCCUGGGUGCAGUUGCCUCGUAGCUUAUUGCUCUCAGUUACUAAAGAAUUGCCUGGACUUCUCGAGGACCUGGAGGAAAAAGCCAUCACUUCACAGACCCGAUAGUUGCUCAGUGCCUAUAGACUUGACACGGUUUUUUCCUAGGGGAUUCUUUUUUAAAUUAUUUUUCUCCCGUAUCUCUCAGAACAGCAGUUCCUUGAGUGUGUGGCGUUGAAAUCCAUUGCUUUGUUAACAACUUUGGGAGAUAUUUUUAAAAACUUUUUUUCCCCUCUCCUUUGUUUUCUUUGCUUUAAAAAAAAAAAAAAAGAAAAAAAAAAGAUAAUCCUUUUGGGGGGAGGGGAGAUGAUCGUGCUGAUGUGGAAUAAGUGCUCCUGCUGUCUCCUCUUACUAGCCGCGGUCCUGAUCGUGGAGAGCUCCCAGCUAGACAGCUCCAGCUCCAAGGUGAACUCCAUCAAAUCCACCCUGAUGGGGGAGGCUCCAACUCAGGCAACCAACAGAUCUGCAGGCAUCCACCAGGGACUGACGCUUGCUAGCAGUAAGAAGGGCAAAAUGCUAGAGCAGAUGGGAAAACCUCCCAAGCACUAUCACCGGCAAGGAGAGGCCUACCCUUGUACCAAUGAUAAGGAAUGUGAAGUUGGACGAUACUGUCACAGUCCUCAUCAAGCAACGUCUGCAUGCAUGAUGUGCCGGAGGAAGAAGAAGCGUUGCCACAGAGAUGGCAUGUGCUGCCCUGGAAACCGCUGCAACAAUGGUAUUUGCAUACCAGUAACUGAAAGCAUCCUUACGCCUCACAUCCCUGCUCUAGAAGGGCCACGCAACAAGAAGAACGGUCAUUAUGCUAGCAAGGAUUUGGGAUGGCAAAACCUAGGGAGGCCGCGCUCCAAGCUGUCACACAUAAAAGGACAUGAAGGCGAUCCCUGCCUACGGUCAUCAGACUGUAUUGAGGGACACUGCUGUGCUCGCCAUUUCUGGACCAAAAUUUGCAAGCCUGUGUUGCAUCAGGGGGAGGUGUGCACCAAACAGCGCAAGAAGGGGUCCCAUGGACUGGAGAUUUUCCAACGAUGUGACUGUGCCAAGGGGCUGUCUUGCAAAGUAUGGAAAGAUGCAACCUCCUCUUCUAAAUCAAGACUUCACGUGUGCCAGAAAAUCUGAAUGAGGAUUGGAAAGAUAGUAUCAAGUGACUGUGGCUUUAUGUAUUUAAUGCAUUACGGCAUGGUGGGAAAUGAGGACUGCAAAUGAAAGCGGAAUGGCUAAAGUAACAGUUAGGGUAGGAGUAGAAGUCGCACCAAAUGCAUUUCUUUUUGAGCUGGUGGUAAACACAAGUGCAGCUGGAGUUCUCCUCCUGUGCAGCUCUUCUGUAAAUAACUUCUACAGUUUGUGGGAAAUGCUAGUAUGCAAACAAGUACAGUGGAAAUUAAUGUCACUUACCUUGCUGUGUUUGUCCUGUGAUGUUUCAGGGGUUCAGUGUUAGGGCUACAGUGAGUUUCUGGCAUGGUAAUGACUGCUGAAUAAAUUGUAUACAUUGUACUCCUAUAGGAAGCAGUGCAUGCCAGGAAGAUUAAUCUGUCAACACAUUAUUGGCCACACUGCAGGUGUGAGAAAUAGAAAUAAAGUUACUGUGAAUGUCCACAUGCCCUUGUCAUUCAGGGCUGACACUUCAGCAAAGAAAGCACUCCUGCAGGACAAGAGUGCUAUGUUUUGCAGGCCCUCAUGAAAGAGGUGAAAACUUGCCAUCUCACAAUUUCAAGGGAGCAGCAGUUUCUCUAAGAGGAGGCAUUUAAACAGGGUUUUCUUUCCUAUACAUAGGUAAAUUGAAAUGCUUUAUGUAGUUCAAUGUCAUAGUAUGGCACUUAAUCACUUGUAUUUGCCUCCGUUUACUACUAGUAUACAUUGGGUUGAACAGAUGAAGCAAAUAUGUGCAUGCUGAAUCCAGAAUUAUAUACAGGCAGUUGCUAAUUAGUCCUAAAUAUACUUUCCUUGCCUAAGCAUACUUGCAUUAUAGACAUUUCCAAAUGAAAUAGCAGAGUGGUGGAGUGCCUAACAUGAAGAGCUAUGAAGUUGUUUCACUGUUGCUAACAGGUGAUGUAGACAUUUGUUAAGGUGUUUAGAGCAUACUGCUACAAACUCAAAUUUUUACAUUUUAUUAGUAGCAAUGGGCUACUGCUGGCACUCUGCAGAAGUAUAACAGAUUUGUUUCUCAGAGGCAGCAAAGAAAAAGGAGUUGGCUCUUCUGAGCACCCCUUCUGCAGAAAAGGAUGUAAGAAGGUGGUAUGAUGGCAAAUGGCUUGUUAAACAUCAUGCAAUGUCACAGCAAAUCCAGCCUUCAGCAUGUAUUCAGCCUGAACUUGAUGUCCUCUCAGUCUGGACUGUUCUGCCAGGAGUGAUGGAAGUACACGGACUGUGGAAACAGCUGACAACUCUACAUUGUUUGUGUACUGGUUAAAAAAAGGACAGUCUCUAUCCCUUGACUUGUCUCCCAGGUCUUUUCAAACUUUUUUCAUUUUACUUAUUUGCAAGUACUCCUUUGUAUAGACAGUGAUAGAGAGACUGAUAUUUCUUCAAAGUCUGAUUCUAUAACUGACCUACUGCUAAGUUGUAAUUACCCAUUUAUAGUUACCCAUUUUCAUAUUUUGUAAUACAAGGGACUUUUCUGUUUCACCAGUUCUGAACAACGCGGGUAGACCAGUAUGUAGUUUAACUUUGAAGACCAUGUCACCCAUACCUGACACCUUUUUCCACCAGUGGUUGUUUUAAGGCUACAGCUUAGCUAUACCACCUGACUCAGACAUCCUAAUUAGAACACAGAGCUCAGCUACAUUGCCUUUAUCUUACAUAAGAGUCUAAAUAAGAAGAGUAUUUCACAUGCCUCUUUCCCCUACUGGAGUUAGUUUUUAUUGACGUAGAAGGAUUGCUCAGAGACAGGGUCUUCUGUUUUUUAAUAGUCUCAGAAUUUUAUCUUGCAGUCCUAUCACUGCAACUCUGCAUAUUUCAGAGUUUUUCCAGUGUAACUGAAACAGGAAUAAGGCCUAGAAAUAGCAUAAUUUCAAGAUAUUAAAAAAGUACAGGAACAAAUUUUGCAAGUGUUAUUUACAGUGACACAGCACAUACUCGGCAGAGGAGCUCUAUUGCUCUCAUAGUGACUACAUAUAAAAGAAAAUGAUACCCAGCGUCAGCAGGGGUGGUUGCAGAAAUGGGCUCUUGGCAAUUUUUAGCUCUUCUUAUCAUUGGCCUACCCCCCCCCCCCCCUUUCCCUCUUGCAAAACAUAGUUAUUUGGGAUAAUUUAUUUACAGGAAAUGUUUAAUGAGAUGUAUUUUCUUAUAGAGAUAUUUCUUACACAAAGCUUUGUAGCAGAAUAUAUUUGCAGCCUAUUGACUUUAAUGUAGAAAAAUGUAUAAUAAGAUUAAAUAUAUUAAAUGUCCUUUCCCAUUCCUCCCCAAAUAUUUUACCCAUAUUCUUUUCCUUACCUGCUGCCUAAGAAGAGUAGACCUUUCUGGAAAGAUAUGCAAAUCUAUUGAAAAAACCACCCAUAUAUUUUAGCUGUACAAGAAAAAGCAUCUGAUUGAUUGAUUGUACUUGUGUCUCAAAGCACUAUGUAGGCUGAGUUUUGGCAAAACACAUGAAGGUCAUCUUAAAAUCCCCACAUGUCAUUUUUACAAAACCGGUUUAAGUGGCAGCUAUCUAUAUGCUUUUUUGGGGACAGUUUACACCUAAACAUUCAAGAAUAAGUUUUGAAAAUAAUGUGCCUGGAUGCAUAAUGUUCAGUCAACCAGGUUAAAUAGGAAAGGUACCCAGACACAUUCCCUGGAUAGUGAUACAUACCAGAGAGACUCACAGUGGGUAAAGCUGGUGUUCAAAUUACACGGCAUUUUGCUGUAGGUUACAGCAUAGAAAUGCACUGCUGCAAGAUCUGUAACUGGUCAUUGUGAAACGGCAGAUAACAGCAUAUUCAGCUCUAAUAACAUGAAACGAUCCAUAUGACCCGACUGAAAACAUUACUAAAUCCAGCCAAGUUCUGGUCCCAGGAAAACCCCUGCAGAGCUCAAUAAAUAUUGCAAAAUAAUGGCUGUGGUUAUUGAGCAAUGGUCUCAAUAUCCUUACUACUUGUUUCUGGUAACCCUUCGCUCAAACAGAUGUAUGUCUGGAGGAUGGAAUGGUCCCCAAGUCACACUAGUGUUUGUACAAAAUGAAAAGGUUUUGCUACUGUUAUUUGCAAUAUUUGGUGGGGUAGGCCUUUGAAAGUUUUAACACUUUUAACAGCAACAUAAUAAAUAAAGUUGUGAGCAUCUUCAGAGCCCAAUGACUUCAGCAGAGCUUGAGGCUGCCAAAGCCUUCAGAGAUUUAAUCUGGGAACAAAAACAAUAGGCACAGGCUGUUCAUUGCACACCACAAAUACUGAGCAGCUAGCAUGCAAGCAGUUUCACAAGACUGAAGUUUCAUUGUUUAGAAGCCAUUCAGUUAAUAUUUUGGGGAAAUAUACAUAAAUUUGAGAAUAAAAGAACAGCUAAAUUUGGGAUAAUGGCUCUCACUCAGUGUGUCACUCAUCAAGGGAAUUAAGAGUGACUUUGGCUCAGUAACAUUUCAGAAAUCUGCUGUCAUGACAUAAGUACUGAAGAGAGUAUUGCUGAACAAUUCAAAUACUCUUCCUAUUAGCCUAGAAUUGCCUCAGCAGUGCAACAUCUCUUCGGAAAUACUUAACUUUCCUAAAAAUAAUGGGUUUCUACUCUAUAACAGCGUAUAUUUGAUUUACAGUAUAAAUGUGGGUGCAUAUCUA